UCUACUUAGUCCCGAAGGCCCGCCACGAUCAUUCAGUACAUUCAAUGUCGUUGUCGUCCACACGAGGUUCGCCUCAGUUUGAUUACAUCCUCUGACGAUCAGCGACGCGGGAACACAAUUCUUAAUCACUCUACCUUAAUUUACCAGUUCUAGAGAAUAUUUCACAAACUGAUCACGUCCUUAGAGGGGUGCGAUGGUCCCUAGACGAAAGUUGUUAAGGUCCUAUCUGCUAGCGCUAUUUUUCCUAGCUCAGGUACUAAAUGAAUCGGGCGUGAGAAGUCAUGGUCGAUUGAUGGAUCCACCUUCCCGCAACAGCAUGUGGCGGUUCGGAUUUCCCAACCCCGUGAACUACAACGACAACGAACUCUUCUGCGGCGGGUACGCAGUUCAGUGGGUACAGAACGAAGGGAAUUGUGGAGUGUGCGGGGACGCUUACCACACCAGCAAACCUCGCCCUCAUGAAGCUGGAGGUGAAUUCGCGAAGGGAACAAUUGUUAGGCACUACACCGUUGGUCAGGAAAUCGAUGUGGAAGUUGAGCUGACGGCGAAUCACUGGGGACGUUUCGAGAUGUAUUUAUGUCCGCAUAACAAUCCAUCAAGUGAAGCUUCUCAAGAGUGCUUCGACAAGUACCCGCUUCAUAUCUCCGGAACGAAAGACGUUCAGUUCAACAUCCCGACCGACACAGAGAAGAAGGCGAUCUUCAGAUACAAAGUGGCCUUGCCUCCCUACGUGACUUGCUCACAGUGCGUUAUUCAAUGGAAUUAUUACACAGGCAACAUGUGGGGUACUUGCGAAAAUGGAACUGAGGCAGUCGGUUGCGGUCGUCCGGAAACUUUUCGGAAUUGCGCGGACGUUAGCAUAGUGACGAGUACUGGCGGUGUUCCUCCGUUAUUCGUGCAGCAGGACAAUCCUUACCUUUUAUAUUACAGGGACUACCGUUCUCCGAACAAUAUAUUCCCUCUGGUAAUAAGAUCCCAGGUGUGUAUGCCAACGCAGCUCUAUCGUCGUAUACCUGGGAUGAACGAAUGGUGUCAGACGAACUGUCUUCGAUAUCCACCGAACUGCCCAGAAAACAUUUGUCACUGCCCGAAUACUUGUGACGCAAUUGGUGAGAUUGAGGGAAAGGAAGGCGCUAGCGUUUACUGUCUAGACAAAUGUUUGGUCUACCCUUCAGACUGCCCAGCCCAUCGUUGUUCUUGCUACUAACUUUUGGCCCUAACGCGAUAGUCAUUUGAAAAGUAAUCGUUCUACUCUAGACUUCCAUAUUUAUCUACAAUUUAUCUCCAAUUUCCAGACAAGUUCCUACAUAAAACUAGCACUGAACAUUCAAGUUCGUUGUUCAUUCAAGUUUUGUAAUAAUUCGAAUCGGGGCUGUGUGGCCGAUGCAAUAAAAUAUUCUAUAUUGACGUA